AUGGCGACCGAGGCUUGUUACACCAUUAUUCAUCAGGAUGAUAGCUUGGAUCAACCUUCCCUGCAAGAGCUCAAGACGGCAUUGGAGAAGGGCUCGGAGGAAGCAAAAAUUGACACGAUGAAAAAAAUUCUAGUGACAAUGUUAAAUGGCGAUCCACUUCCUCAAAUUCUCAUGCAUGUCAUUCGUUUUGUAAUGCCUUCAAAGAAUAAAGUUUUGAAGAAGUUACUUCAUUUUUACUGGGAAAUUUGCCCCAAAACAAAUCCCGAUGGAAAACUAAAGCAAGAAAUGAUAUUGGGGUGCGACGCUCCGCUUCCUUUGCAAGUUACGGGAACCAGAAUUAUUGGAGCCAUUGUUACCCUCGUGCCGUUCUUGUUUGGUAUAUAUGCAAGUGUAUUGGUUAAACUGAAUCAGGAUAGUUCUAGCACUAAAGAUUAUUGUUUGUUAGGAACAUCGGCAUUCUUAUCAUCCUCUUCGGUCAAAUAUGAAGCAGCGACAUCACUGAUGGCUCUCACCCACGCGCCUGCAGCCGUCAAAGCUGCCGCCUCUUGUUACAUCGAGUUAAUCAUCAAGGAAUCGGACAAUAAUAUAAAAUUAAUUGUGUUGGAUCGAUUGGAUGAAUUGCGCGAAAAACACGAGCAGACCAUGGACGAUUUGGUACUUGAUAUAUUACGUGUCUUGACCAGGCAUGUUAAUUUAUUGAGUACGGGAAUUCCGGACAUUGAAGUUAGGCGUAAGGCUUUACGCAUUGGAUUAGAAUUGGUUUCGAGUCGAAAUGUUCAGGAAGUUGUUGUUUUCUUGAAGAAGGAGCUCAGUAAGACCCUUGAUCAGGAUUACGAAAAGAACAAUGAAUAUAGGCAGCUGCUUAUCCAGUCGAUUCAUGGUUGCGCGAUCAAAUUUUCGGAAGUAGCUGCAAACGUGGUCCACGUGCUAAUGGAAUUCUUGGGAGAUUCGAAUAAUCCUGCUGCUGUUGAUGUAAUAGCGUUUGUUCGUGAGGUAGCCGAGAAAUUCCCUAAUUUACGAUCAUCGAUAACUGAAAAAUUACUCGAAACAUUUAUGGAUGUCAAAUCUGGCAAAGUAUUCCGGGGGGCUUUGUGGAUUGUGGGCGAGUAUUGUGCGGAAUGUAAAGACAUUGAAGAGGCUUGGAAACAAAUAAGAGCAGGCCUCGGGGAAAUUCCGAUAUUGGCGUCAGAACAGCGCCUUCUUGAAGAAGCUGAAAAAGAAGAGAAACCUGAAGAUGCAAGUUUGGAAACAAAGAUUGCCGGUCCAUCAUCUUCAAGACGCAUUCUAGCUGAUGGAACUUAUGCUACAGAAUCCAUAUAUUCAUCGAAUUCAACAACUAAUUCAAAACUUGAUGCAGUUAAAGCAGCCGCCAAACCUCCACUUAGGGCUUUAUUGUUGGGGGGAGAUUUCUUUCUUGGUACCGUCCUUGCCUCAACUUUGACAAAGCUAGUGAUGCGUUACUCGGAAGUCUCUAACGACGCGAAAAAAACUAAUUCCUUUAGAGCCGAGGCCAUGUUAAUAAUGGCUAGUAUUAUCCGCGUUGGACAGUCGCAAUUCGUAUCCACACCCAUAGAUGAAGACUCAUACGACCGAAUCAUGUCUUGUCUGCACGUUUUGGAACAACUUUCAAUUGAUGCUUCGAUCAAAAAUGUGUUUCUACAGGACACAAAAAAGGCAUAUACGAGAAUCGUUGAGGAUGAAGAAAAACGCACCGCGGUAAAAAAAGCUAAAGAUAAAUCAACCGUAGCUGUACAAGUCGAUGAUCUUAUAUCUUUUAGACAAUUUUCAAAACGCAACCUCGGGGACGACGCUGAUGAAUACGAAUUGGAUUUGACUCGUGCUACUGGCCAAAGCGAUCCGCGUGAUGAUUUAAUUUCAAAGCUUAGUCGCGUUGUCCAGUUAACAGGGUUUUCCGAUCCAGUAUACGCAGAAGCCUAUGUCAAUGUUCACCAGUAUGACAUUUUAUUAGACGUUUUGAUUGUCAAUCAAACCAGUGAAACACUUCAGAACCUUUCCAUAGAAUUUGCAACCUUGGGGGAUCUGAAGCUUGUCGAAAGACCUACGCAACAUAAUCUUGCGCCACAUAGUUUUCAUAGUGUGAAAGCUACCAUAAAGGUUUCCUCCACAGAGACCGGAGUAAUCUUUGGUAAUAUUGUUUACGACGGUCCUGGGACAGCAGAGAGCAAUUGCGUGGUCCUCAAUGACAUUCAUAUCGACAUAAUGGAUUACAUUAAUCCCGCGUACUGUAAUGAGACGCAGUUUCGUAGCAUGUGGACAGAGUUCGAAUGGGAGAAUAAAGUCAAUGUUAACACCAACAUAACGGAUUUGCGUGAUUAUCUAUCUCACAUAAUGAAAUCCACAAACAUGAGUUGUUUAACACCCGAGAACGCAUUGUCGGGAGAUUGCGGCUUCUUAUCUGCUAAUAUGUACGCUCGUAGUAUAUUUGGCGAAGAUGCCUUGGCUAACAUAAGCAUCGAAAAACGAGUUGAUGGUGCGAUCACUGGCCAUGUUCGAAUUAGAAGUAAAACACAGGGAAUAGCACUGAGUCUUGGAGAUAAAAUCACGCUGGCACAAAAAGCUGCUACUUGA